CUUUACAGUUAUACAAAUCUGUAUCUCAUUCUCGUGUGUUUCCCAAUGUUAACCAUUAUAGAGUGUUACCCUCAUUAUUAGGAAUCAACUCUGCAAGAAAAUCAGUAUGGGACAGAAGACCAACAUUUACCUUACCCUCCUCUUCGUCUACCUGUGCUGGGGUCAGAGGUCAAACCCAGAAGGCGAGAGGUCAUCCUGCAAUCAGUGUGACCUGCAGCUCGCCUGUAACUGCUCCUACGGAGGAUUUACCCGCAUUCCCAUGGUGACAGACCGCGCCCUGACUCUUGAUCUCUCCUUUAACGACAUCACCGGGGUGACCAGUGACGAUCUGAGAGGACACAGGAGACUGAGAGCUCUGAGUCUCCACGGUAACAGAGUAGCUAUGAUCCAUCCGUCAGCGUUUGACUCUCUGUGGAGUCUGGAGGAGCUUGAUCUGUCCGACAACCAGCUGACUGCUCUCAACCACAAAUGGUUCAGAAAUCUAGAAGCUCUGCAGAAGCUCAACCUGCUCAACAACCCAUAUAGCUGUCUUGGUUCGCGUCCAGUGUUUCAGAGGCUGGUCAGGCUGCGGAGGCUGGGGUUUGGAGGUCCUGCUCUGGAGGAGCUAAAGAGAAGAGAUCUAUCUGGAGUCACUGAGUUGGAGGAGCUCACUGUGCACGGCAACAACCUGAAAAGUUACGAGUCUGGUGCUCUAGGGGACGUUUGGCCGUUGGGUAGUGUCACUUUGAGCCUCCAUGGUCCAUUUUUAACAAACACAGCCUUAGCCUCGGCUGUGCUCGCGGAUGUUACAUACCCUGAGACGCCUCUCAUUCUAGAAGACCUCCAUCUGAUUGGGAAUGAGUCUGUUCAGCCCUUCAGAGAGUCAGCCAAAAGGAGAGUCAGGAAAAUAUCCUUCAACAACCUUUUCGUGUCCGAUGAGGCCAUCGUUAACCUCCUUGUGGCGUUGGAUGGAGUGCCAGUCACAUCCGUCUUCAUGGAUGGCGUCACGUUGACAGGCGAGGGCAGGUGGGAGAGAGCCAAACAGACCGAUCAAAAAAGCAUCGACGAAUUCUUCGUACGAAACGUCGUGGUGCUGAAUGUCUUUAAAUUUGUCUCCUUUCUGCAGCUGGGGUUUAUGCUGAAAUACCCCAGGAAGGUGUCCGUUAUAAACUCUCGGGUGUAUGUGAUGCCCUGUAACACAUCCCACCUGCUAUCAAACCUGCAGUACCUGGACCUGUCAGACAACCUGCUGACUGACCUGACUCUGACAGAGACAAUGUGCAAUGGAGACGGCACGAUGAAGGACCUCCGAGUUUUAAACGUCAGCGGAAAUGCUCUGAAGUCUUUGUCCACGGUGAGCCAGCAGGUAGCAAAGCUCUCCAAACUGACCCACCUGGACAUCAGCAGGACCGGAUACAUUUCCAUGCCCGAGGGUUGCUCCUGGCCCUCCACCCUGCGGUACCUCAACAUCUCCAGGGCUAAACUUACAACCAUCACCCCCUGUCUACCCGCAACUCUGGAGGUGUUGGAUCUGAGCAACAACGAUCUCAACGACUUCAUUCUGAUACUGCCUGCCCUGAGAGAGCUCCACCUCUCUGGAAACAAGUUACUGAAGCUGCCCCCAGGAUGGCUUUUCCCCAAUCUACAAACACUGACAAUACAGGCAAACACCCUGAACAGGUUCGGCCGUGCGGACCUCCUUUCAUACGGACGACUCCAGGACCUCCGGGCGGGUCAGAACAAAUUUGCAUGCUCCUGUGACUUUGUUUAUUUCCUCCAAUCAGCCAUUAAAGGAGGCGAAGACGUGCAUUUAGCAGAUGGAGAAGAGAGCUACGUCUGCGACUCACCUUUCUACCUGCAGGGGGAACCGGUGGCUCAAGUCCAGCUCUCCAUUGUUGUGUGCCAUCGGGUUUUGUUUGUGUCUGUAAGCUGUGGGGUGGCGCUUUUUGUAGGGAUUCUGCUGUGUGUCCUGCUGUGGCGCCUCCAUGCAUUCUGGUACGUCAAAAUGACGUGGGCGUGGCUGAGAGCCAAGCGUAGCUCCCUGCGACGGCGGCAUCGCAGAACUAGAGUGGGCUCAGAAGAGUUGCCGUCCUUUGACGCCUUUGUGUCCUACAGUGAGAGAGACGCUAGCUGGGUGGAAAACUUAUUGGUACCCGAGCUGGAGGAACCAAGGGAGAACGAUGAAGACUCAGAUCAGAGAAUGCUCCGGCCUCUGACCCUGUGUCUCCACAAGCGGGACUUCCUUCCUGGACAUUGGAUUGUGGACAACAUCAUGAGUGCCAUGGAGCGCAGCCGGCGGACCGUCUUCGUCCUCUCCGAGAAUUUUGUCCAGUCCGACUGGUGCCGCUACGAGCUGGACUUCUCCCACUUCCAGCUUUUCGACGGGAAUGCCGGCGGAGAUGAGGCCAUCCUGAUCCUGCUGGAACCGCUGUCCACGGACGACAUCCCAAAACGGUUCUGCAAACUGCGCAAACUCAUGAGCUCCACCACUUACCUGGAGUGGCCUCAGGAUGAGGAGAGGACUGGGGAGUUCUGGAGGAGUCUACGCCACGCUUUGAGAGGAGAAGACGAGGAUGAUUACUGAGAGAGUUAGUAUGUGUUACAAAGUAUGUAAGAAGAGAAUAAAGAACAAAGCAGCUGCGAAGAGAAGAAAAGAGAAAACAAAUGGACAAGGAGAAGGAAUACAAGGGAGGAGUGUGUCAAAGGAAAAAAAGAGAUGAGAAGAGCAGGAAGACAAACUGGAAGCUGAUGAAUUGAAGGAGUAGGAGCGCUUUCACAUAAAAGAUGAGAUGACGAGACAAAGUAAGAUGGAGGAGAUAAGGAGAAGACCGAACAGAGGAGUAAAUGAUGUACAGUAGAUAAUGCAACUAGAUUUAAUGUCACAGAUGAGCUAAAUAUUGUGACUUUACUACUGUUUAUAAAUGAGACCCCUGGUCAUUUUUGACAGUCAGUU